GUAGCGCUGAACCAAAUCCGCAGACUUUGUCGAUUGCUUCUGCCUGGGCAGAUCCGCCUGGAUCAACUGCUCUUGUCUGGCCCGUCCCCGGGCGCGGUAAAAGCGUUUGAAUCCAGCCUGGUGGCCGCAGCGACAUCCUCAACCCUCACAGUCCUGACCGGCCUCAGCCGCCUCCUCUUUCUUUUACAUCCCUGACUCUCCCGAAUCACCAAGAGUGGAAACGGAGAAGCUCAAGCCGCCGCCAUGUCCGAGGCUUAUUUCCGGGUGGAGUCGGGUGCGCUGGGGCCUGAGGAGAACUUUCUUUCCUUGGACGACAUCCUGAUGUCCCACGAGAAGCUCCCGGUGCGCACAGAGAUCCUUAUGCCGCGCCUCGGCACUUUCUUCCUAGACCGGAGCGGAGGGUCCGAGGCUGACAACGCAAUCCCUCAGGGCUCAAAGCUUGAACUCCCCUUGUGGCUGGCAAAAGGACUUUUUGACAACAAGCGCCGGAUCCUUUCUGUGGAACUUCCCAAAAUCUACCAGGAGGGUUGGAGGACCGUGUUCAGUGCAGAUGCCAACGUGGUGGACCUCCACAAAAUGGGACCACAUUUCUACGGGUUCGGCUCCCAACUCCUGCAUUUUGACAGUCCAGAGAACACAGACAUCUCCCAGUCUCUCCUGCAGACGUUUGUUGGACGUUUCCGCCGCAUCAUGGACUCCUCCCAGAAUGCUUACAACGAAGACACUUCGGCGCUGGUAGCCAGGCUAGAUGAGAUGGAGAGAGGCUUGUUUCAAACAGGGCAGAAAGGACUGAAUGACUUUCAGUAUUGGGAGAAGGGGCAGGCCUCUCAGAUCACAGCUUCCAACCUGGUUCAGAACUACACGAAGAGAAAAUUCACUGACAUGGAAUACUGAAGGCCAGAAGAACACGGAAUUGCUCCCUGUAGACUUAUCCCUCUGUGUGUCCUUGAUAGGAGCCUAGUUGACCUUGUAUAGGGCCAGAAUCAUGUCCCAUCUUGUGACUUAUUCCCAGCAGCACUGUCAGGAGUGCUACCAUCUGGUGGGGAAACAACAUGCUGGAGGAUGUCCCUGGCCCUAUAAGUCUUCCAGGACUGUCCCACCUGCUGACCCACAGACCAGACCUACUUAGCCCAGGAACCCACAGCCAAGGAGAAACCAAAGUCCUUCAUAAAUAAGGAUCAUGAAUGCAUAUAUCGCAGUAGAGUUGGAACUGGGAUUCCUCGUGCCUGGGAGUUUGGACAGCCUUAGAUAUCCAGUUUCACUAGCUCCAAAGGACGGGUACAAAUGGGCCUUCCUAACCUGUUCACAAAAUGUCCUCUUGAGCUUAAUUGCCUCAUCUUCCUCAUGGUUGCACAAAGGACAGUAACCCCAGGAUGCUGGCUCUACUUGUAAAUAUCUCCUGCCACCUGCCUAUGGGGAGUUACCCAGUUUCAAAAAACAGUUGCCAAGAAUAAGGAAGGAGGGCUUCCCUGGUGGCACAGUGGCUGAGAGUCCGCCUGCUGAUGCAGGGGACGCAGGUUCGUGCCCCAGUCCGGGAAGAUCCCACAAGCCCCGGA